UUUUGUGUUUUGUGUAAAUUCUGUGAAAUGCAACUUGAAUGAGGAUCAAUUUUGAUAUUUAGGACUGAUGAGAGCUUUAUUGAAGUGCAAAAAUAAUGUUUGUUAAGUUUCACCUUUUAGUGUAUAUAUAAUUUUGUAGUCUGAUAGGAAUUUGCAUGCUUUUGUUGGAAUUGCUGCUAAUUUCUGCAAUCUGCAGAUUUUUGCUACUGUUCAUGCUACUGUUCAUGCUGCUAAAAAGGUCAAUUUCUACAUUUUUUCUGCAAUUCUUGGUUGAUUGGAACUUGUCUGAAAUGCUGCUGAAAAUAUGCUUUUGGUGUAAGUUUAGGAAGGAGACCAUUUCAUUUAAAUGUGCAAAAAUGAUAAUCACAAUUGGUGCCUAAAAUGGACAAUGAUUGCAAAAGCUAAAUGAACAUGUGCUAUGCUUAGUAAGUUAUGAGAGAGAUAAACUGAAAUCCCUAAAUUUUAUGGUGUUUGUGUGUAUUUGGUAACUGCUAAGGGUUACAAUGGCAUUCCAUAACUUUUGGACUGAUUUUGGUAAGCAAAACCACAAUUUUGCCCAGAACCUGCCGAAACUUGCUGAUGACAUUGCUUGUCAAGCAAAGUCUUAAGCAACUUCUGCUGAACCUUAUGCCUAACCCUAAGCAUGACCCAAAUUACCACAUGUCUACCCCACAUUUUAAAAGGCCCAGCAUUUCCGCCAAUUUUCCAAAAACCUCGCCAACACUCCCGAUAAACCUCGUCGACUUCCUUCCUCACGCCAUUUUUUCCGGCAAAAUUUUUACAGGAAGCCGAAAGGUUUCAUCCUUUUCGUUAAAAUGACAAGAACCAAAAUGUGGUCCUCUCACAAACCUAAACUCAGAGGACUUCGACAUUCUGUCAAAUCUAAAAUGGGCACUCCAUCCUCAUUACCCACAAACCCUAACCCCAGCCCCAGUCCGCCAUUACCUCAGUCCCCACCGCCACAAACGCCGCCAUUACCACAAUCACCACCACCUCAGUCACCGCCCCCGCCUCCAAGCCAAAUACCACCUCUCAUCCCGCCGACUCCCCUCUCGCCGCAAUCCGAGCCGCCAAAUGAAACACCAAUUACAGACACCCAUUCCCCAGAACCAACGCCUGACCCUGUUCCUACCCAAACAAAAACAAAAGGGAAAACAAAAAGGGCCGCUGGUAGACUCAAAGAAACCCCUGUCGGAAAAAGGAAACGAGUACCCUCUGUCCCUUUCGACUUAAACUCUCCACCUCAGUCCUCUGAACCAGUUAGCAAAAGGACGUGUCCUCUUCGCAAACCCAGCACCAGGCGUGCAAACACGAUAACCAGUCUCCCUUACAUUCUCCAGCACCUGCGUCAUCUGCGGAUACUAUAG